AUGGCGUCUACUUCGACCAGCGCGAGGAAAAGAAAGCAUGAGAUUAUGGGUGCUUUUGAUGACAUCGCACCAUGUCCGUCUACUUCUGCCUCUAUGCUCAUUCAAAAACCGUGCUACGAUGUGUUUAUCAAUCAUUAUGGAUUAGAUGUCAAACACACGUUAGCUAAAAGUAUCUAUAAUCUCCUCAACGAAAUGAAGGUGAAAGCCUUUUUAGAUUCAGAGGAGUUGGAAUGUGGUGAUUUCUUCCCCAGAACACUAGAAGCAUUAAUGCGCAGUGCCUCGCUUCAUAUAGCAAUUUUUUCUGAGAAUUAUGCAAAAUCACCUUGGUGUUUGCAAGAGCUUUCGUUUAUACUUCAAACUGGCGCCAAGGUAUUUCCUGUUUUCUACCAUGUAGAGCCAUCUGAUCUCAGACAUGUAGAUCGACAGAAUGGAAUGUAUGCUGAGAUCUUUAAAGAGCAUGAAAAGAAAGGUAGAUAUACCUCAGGAAAAAUUCAGGAGUGGAAAAAGGCACUACACGAAGCCUCAUUUUACACUGGUGAAAUCGUUAAAACUAAUGAUGGAGAGAUGAGUUUGCUCAAAAAAAUUGAGAGAAUUGUUUUGAAAGUAAUAAAUGAUGUGCCGCUAGUAGUUGCUAAGCAUCCAGUCGGUCUGAGAGAAAUGGUGCAAGACUUCGAGAUGAAAGCACUCCAACCUGCCCAGGAUGAUCAGGUUGUGUCAAUUGUGGGAAUUUGUGGCAUGGGUGGUUCUGGGAAGACCACCCUUGCAAAAGAAUUAUAUAAUAAAAUAUCCUCUUCGAUGGAGAGAUCGAGUUUUCUGUUUGAAGUUCGAGAUGCAGCAUCCAAAGGCGCAUUGCAUAACAAGCAGACAAAACUACUCAAUGAUCUUGGCAUCACAGGUGUUACAUUUGAUAAUAUUGAGGAAGGAAUAAACGUUCUUUCAAGUCGUUUGAAAUCUGUUAAGGUAUUGAUUGUUCUUGAUGAUGUAGAUAAUGUGGAGCAACUGGAUGCUUUGUUGCCCACAAAGCACAAACUUCAAAAUGGUAGUCUCAUCAUUGUCACUACACGGGCAUAUGAUGUCCUGAAUUCUUGGGGUAUCUCUUUCAUAUAUAAAAUGAGACCAUUAGAUUCAUUGCAGGCAGGGAACCUUUUUUGUUGGCAUGCUUUCUUAAGGUGUUGUCCACCGAAUGGGUUCAAGGAGCUUGUUGAAAAGUAUUUAGAACAAUGCAAUGGAAUACCUUUGUCUUUGAAGGUAUUAGGAGCACAGCUUUACGGUGAGUCCCGUAUAGAAUAUUGGGAGUCACAGUUGCAUAAGAUCUCAAGAAUAUUGCCUGCUGAUAUCAAGAAGAGACUCAAAAUAAGUUAUGACACCCUUGAUGAUGAAGAAAAAGAGAUAUUCCUUGACGCUGCAUAUUUCUUCAUCGGAGAACAGAGUAGCUUGGCAAUUGAAGUAUGGAAUGGAUUGGGGUUGAGUGGUCUACAAAGGUGGGAAAGUCUCCUGCAUAAGUGUUUGGUUGAGCAUGAUGAUAACAAUUUCAUAUGGAUGCAUGACCAUAUAAGGGAUAUGGGAAGGGAUAUUGCAAAUAAGCAAUCACCUUAUCGGCUUUGGUUUCCCCAACAAAAUAUUAAUGUUCAAAACCAAGACCAGGCCUCCUCUGUCCAGCAUUCUAUCACUAAGCUUUCAGAUUUGGAUGAUGAUUCUGAGAACUUAGAAGACAGUGAAGAUCAAGGUUUUGAUAUUGAGUGGGAAGAUGACGGUGAUAGGGUUACCCCUGAUAAAGGUUCUAGCAAGGGGAAGGACAAAGAUAUGGCUUCUAGGUCCGGAAAAAAGAAAUCUGGAAAAUGGGUUAAAGGAAAAAGGAGCAAGGUUUAG